AUGAUGAAAGCAGUAGUGAGACAGGGCACAUAUGCCAAGGACUCUAGAUAAACUUUCUCAAUUAUGUGAACAAUAAGCAUGAACUACUUGAACCAUAGAAUUGGAAAAGAACCAGAAACCUAGUUGCUCAAGCUUAGGAGUUCAGUGGCAGAGAAGCAAACUCCGGAAGCUCAUGAUUGCGUUCAUGUUUAGCCAUGUCUUCUCCAUCCAAGGCCUUCCAUGCCUGUAUUCAAUCACCAUAUCUGUUACUCAUAAAUAUCACAGCAUUUUGAUGGGCACGUUAGGAAUGCAUGCCCACAUGGGUUUUCCAAAUUCCACAUCCAAAAUCAGUGUUAUAAAAUCAAAACCUUAUCCAACUGCUGUACCUUAAAAAAUCACCUCGCCAGAAACCAAUGCACUUACUUCCUCAAGAGGCUUGCAAGCUUGUGAAUACCCACAUUCACUCUGUAGUUUCUUGGCAUAAUCAAAGUUGGUGUUCCUUAACUUUUCUUAUUUGAACCACAAACGCGAAACCAUUCUCUCUCUUAAAUUAUCCCCAUGGGAAAUCACCAUUUAGGGCUUACACUCAACUGGUGUACCCAUUUUCGCAUUCAUACCGGAUUCCAUAUGAGGGCUGUUAGAGCUUCACACAAGUAGGAGCAGCAUCGUCCACACACAAGCCCUUGGAUGCUUUGGCUUUAAGCCUGGCUAAACUGGAUGCAUAAAACACAAACCUCUGUCAAAAUCUUUUCUCUUCUAAUCACAUUGGAUGGCAUGAUGAAUUCUAUGUCCCUAGGUGGAAAUAUAGAGGCUGAACUUAGGCAAGGGGUAAUGUUGGGUGAUGUUGUAGCCGAAGCAUUGAGGAAAGAAGAGCGUUGCACCAUCCGCAAUCUGGUGUGAAAUGAAGAUACCAGUACCCAUACCACCACAGUCAAACAAGUUCAACUGAACAGCCAUGGCCACAACUGCCUUUUUUGUCCUAAUAUUGUAGGGAUCAAGGGCAAUUGAAGUUGUUGCACUAACUUUGCUUUAUUGUAGGUGUUUAUUCUGGUAACCAUGACUUAUUAAAUAAUCUUAUAAAUAGAAUGGUACCUUUGUCUCUUUGACCUUUACGAUAUGACCCUUUCUACAUUGAUCAUGACUUCCAUAAUCUAUAGUGCCCUUAGACAUUGACAUUAAAUAGUGAAGAGAGAACUCUUCUGUCAAUGUUGGUCACUACUUAAUAUUUGUAUCAUUGGCCAAUAAAAUGCUUAGGUAUAUACUUCUCUAAUUAGUAUAAUAUCUUCAACUUGAUAAAAUUUUCCUUAUCUUCAGUUGUGAUUUCCCUAUCAACUUAUAUUGUUUAAGGGUCAUAAUUUACAUUGAUAAUCAAUGUGGAGCCACAACAUUCAGAAGUGAAUUAUUAGGGAUAUGACCUCAUUAGAUUUCAUCCUAUACAUACAUGUUUCAUUGUAAGGUAUGCAACUUUGGAUCUUUAGCAUCAAACAAUAGCAGUCAUGACAAGCAUGGAAGUUGAAAUAAUAUCCAGAGAAACCAUCAAACCUUCCACUCCAACCCUACCACAUCACGGAACAUACCACCUUUCUUUCCUUGAACAGAUAAAUCCUCGUACCUAUACACCAGUUGUUUACUUCUACCCCAAGGAAGAAUCUGAUUCUGAUCAUAAUCCUAAUUUUGGUGAUAAAUCCAAUCAGCUCAAGAAAUCUCUAUCAGAAACACUAGCCAAAUACUACCCAUUUUCCGGUAGGAUCAGAGAUAGAGUCUCCAUUGAUUGUAAUGAUGAAGGAGUCAUAUUUGUAGAAGCAAGAAUCAAAGUCAAGCUCUCUGAAAUUCUCGAGCACCCGAAAGAUGAGGUGCUGGACCUGUUAUUCACAGACAAUUUACAGUGGAACGAUGACUCCAAUUUAACUGUCAUCUUGGCUGUUCAAGUAAGCUUCUUUGACUGUGGUGGAAUGGCAAUUGGCAUCUGUAUGUCACACAAAGUAGCUGACACUUCCACCAUGAUCAACUUCAUCAACGACUGGGCAGCCAUAACCCGUGAUCACAAAGCUGAUCAAUAUGUGUCUCCCGAGUUUAUUGCAGCAACUGUAUUCCCCCAAGGUGAGAUUCCACUGCUACCGCAAUCUGUGAUUGAUAAAGGGGAUUACGUUUCCAAGAGAUUCGUGUUUGCUGCCCCGAAAGUUGCUGCCCUCAAAGCCAUGGUGUGUGACAAAGUGCAAAACCCCUCAAAAGUUGAAGUUGUGACUGCUUUUAUUCAUAGAUGUGCCAUAUCUGCAUUGAAAUCGAAUUCUGGGUCCUUGUUGAAUCCUAGUACCCUUUUGAUCCAGACGGUGAAUUUGCGUGGUAGAAUGGUUCCUCCAUUGCCGAAAAGCUCAGUAGGUAGCAUGGUUUGGUUCUAUGCAGUGCCCACAGCGGAGGAUGAGAGUGUGAUAGAGUUGCAUGACCUGGUGUCUCAAAUGAAGGAGAGGAUGGCCCAUUUCUGUGUUACAUAUGCCGAGAAAUUUGGAAAAGAAUGGCCUUUGAUAUUUAUGGAGUGCAUGAAAGAUUCAAGGAAACUGUUUCAAAAACAAAACCUGGUUGUGUAUAGAUGUAGCAGUUGGUGCAGAUUCCCAGUUUAUGAAGCAGACUUUGGUUGGGGCAAGCCAAUUUGGGUCACUAUUGCUAGCUGUGUGAUGAAAAAUAGUAUCUUUCUGAUUGAUACUAGGAAUGGAGAAGGGAUUGAAGCACAUGUGAAUUUGGAAAAGCAACACAUGGAUGUGUUUGAGCGUGAUGCAGAGCUUCUUGCAUUUGCUUCUCUGAAUCCCAGUGCUAAUAUAGACUACAAUAUGUGAUCUUUAGAACAUAAUUGAAGUUGGUGCUUGUUUUCAAAGGAUCUUUGUAAUCCCAUGUUUUCAGUACGAGUUAUCAUUUUAAGAAUAAGAAUGUCUGAAUCUUUCUAUUGA